AUGAUCUCUCCGGAAGAGUUCGAAGCACUGCCGCCAUCCAUCCAGAGGAAAUGCUUCUCUCCUGCCGAACGGCUGCGUAUCAACCAGCAAUCCCAGGCACAUAAGCGGAGGAAGCAAACGCCGUCACCGACAUGGCCUGCUCCUCCAUUACAGGCCGAGUCCAUACGUCGAGCUGCAACCUCUGCUGGUCUGUCCGAGUGCUCCAAUGAUUCUGUCGUCAGUGCUGCUACCCCCACCAUGAUCACGGUCAAGCAGAAGAAGAUCUCGGAGGAGCAGGCUCGCUGGUUCUUGAUGCUGCCAGAGAAGGUUCGACGGCAGCAGUUUAGCAGGGAGGAGCAUCUCACGUUACUCAUACGCUGCAAAGAAGUGCUCGAGCCCUCACGGUCUCGUCAGGCAAAAGACUCCAGCCAUCGAGGCUCCUCUUUCUCAAGGCCUCAGUCCUGCAUGUCCUUGCUGCCCAAAGACAGACCAUCGACCUCUACCGCCACCAGCGUCAACACCACCACAAGCUUCCUCGAUACAGAUGCUGCUUCGGUACGCACGACGGACACUUCCAACGCCGAGAUGAAGAUUUUCAACCUCUACACGGGUUGUGGUGGUUCAGUCUCUGCGCACAACGAUAUUGUCGCUACUGUUCCCAAUCUCCCAUCGACACAACCUCAGCCUCACCCAAGCGAUAUAGCAACACCGAAGAAGCGGCCGGCUUUCCGCAGAUACUCGCUGAGGCCUCUACCAAUACCACCUCCUGUCCUCGCUCCACCUGUGCCGCUGCUGCCGUCCCAAUCGCCCCCAGCAUCGCCUGCCUCUUCUCGGCCCCUCUCUUUGUCCGCCCGCCUGUCUCGACCCUACGUUGGUCUCUUCACCUCGGUGUUCGAACUCGAGGCAGACCCAGUGCAGCCAGUACAACAGCCGGUCGUUGAGUCAAGAGCUUAUGACGAUGAAGACAUCCGCAAGCGCCUGCGGAGGACAUUGCUCUCGCCAGAGAAGUUCGAAGAGGUGUUGGAGUUCGGAUUUUCUGCGGAUGAGGAGUGUCCACCGUCGGCAUCAAGCUCGGACAGCACACUGCGGUUUGACCAGCCAGCCUCGAGUGGGAGCGAGUACGAUGGCGACAACGACGGAGACAGCGAAGAUGACGACACCUCAGUCGAAGCAUGUCCGAGGACUCCAACGCCGCUCUCGGGGGACCUCUUCGGUCCUGCGAUCAAGCAGUCUUCACUCGACUCUGGAAUCGGAACACCGCUAUCACAGAUCGAGCCGUUCAGUCCUACGGCCACAUGCGGCCCGACCACCAGCAACGGCAACCGGGAGAUGACGGUCCACAUGACACUCACUCGACCUGGCCUGCGAUCACCGGAAGACGAACUGUACAGCGCCCAGCGCCAGCAGACCUCCGGCGUGGACGUCGAGAAGCACGACCCGCUGGCUUUGCAAGUGCUGCCAGUCUGCGAUGAUCCAAGUGGAGCUCAGGGUGCGUUUGCCGUCAGACGCUCGGGCUCGAGGAUGGGUCUGAGGAAUGUGUGGAAGAGUUUGGUCAAGCAUUGA